AUGGCGGCCUGUCCACCUUCAAGAAAAAUUGCCUUCAAAAGUUCACAUUUUGGUACAUGUCCACUUCCAUUAUUUUCAUUUCAGCUGUUAUGGGAAUUCAAGGAUUGUCAUGGUCUUAUCAACUUACCGAACAAUGAAGGAUACGUUCCUGUGAUGCUGGCAAUUCGAGCAGCGAAUCCUCGUUGCUUUGCCACUCUUCUCAAUUUUGGUGCGGAGUUGAGUAUGAGAGUUCACGGCCGCAAUCCUCUUUUUGAAGCCAUGCAAAGCAAGGGAAAAAACACCGACAUCAUCAAGGCGAUUGUGGAAGCGUCUCCUGAUCUCGUCACCGAAAGGGACUCAUCUGGAAACACGGCGCUUCAUGUUGCAAUGUACAAAACUUCUCUCAUGGGACUGUUGCUUCUGAAAAACAAGGACAUCGACUUGAACGCUAAAAAUAACGCUGGACAAACGGCUCUCCACAUCUUCACCCAUAAAGGUGAUAUUGGCUUGAUGAUUACUAUGUUAUCCUAUUGCUGUGAUAUAGAUGCUGAAGACUAUGACGGAAACACUGCGCUUCAUGUCGCAGUUUCACGAAGGAAUAUCGAGGUGAUAAGCUUCCAAGUGAACUUUUCAAUUUAA